GAAACAGAUGUUUGGAUUAAUGAGGGUUCACCUGACUGGUGUUUUUGGCUUUUUACAAACAUGAUUUGGUAGUAGCACUAAUCUCUUACACGAUUACUUUGCACUCAAACCCUUGUCCUUCUUUGUGUGCAGACUUCCAAAUGUCUUAAACAAAAUUUGUAAUAAUCUUUUUAGCUGAUGUCUGCUGAGUGAUGAAUUAAGAGCUUCUUUUUACAAAAAAAAAAAAAAAUAGUCUGCACUUCCAAUAUUCUUAAAAGGUAGUCGUGGGUACAACAAAUUGGAUGACUGUCAUUGAAUUUAGUGAAAUCCUUCAUCAUGGGUAGACUGGGAUAAAGUCUUUGUUUGUACACCAUCUGCUUACCACUAGCUGUUGAUUCAGUGGGCAUGCAAUCCGAUGUUCAAAUAGGAGGCUGGUGUAGCACUUGAUGGGCUUUAGGGUUGCAGGUCUCCUGUGCUUUUUUCUCACUGUCCAUGAAUGACAUAGCAUUUUGUGCAUUUUGUCGCAUGUUUGUGAAUUCAUGUCAGUGUGGACAUAAAGUAAAGAAAGUCACAGUUGGAGAGGCCCACUGCCUGGAUGACUCGAGGCUACAUUCUGUGGAGGCUGUGUCAAAACCUGCAAUGUAAUAAAUGAAAUACCCGUAAUGUAAUAGGUGGGAAUUUGCCAACAUUUUAGGAACUGAAAGGGACCAUCAUAGCCAGGAUGUCUGCAGAAGGCAACGUUGGAUUGCACACUGUUGCCAGCAGGUGAACUGGUACAAUUAUCACAUGUGCUACACCAAUAACUGAUUGCAAUGCAAUGGACAUUUAUUUGUACAAGAACCAUUAGCAUGAUUGUGUUAUGUCAAUGUGCCAGUUAUACUGGACCUGUUUGUAAACUAUGUACAGUCUUGAUGGUGAUAGUAGCUGCUUAAUAUGAAUCCCCAUCAUUUUGAUGUUUAAUUUUAAUGCUACAAUUUCCUUUGAAAUGGAAAAAUAUAAACAUCCAUCUACACAUACUUGUACAUAAAAAUUAUACUGAAUGAUUUUUUUUUUUUUUUACAGAUGUCAUGAAAACAAAUUUUUGCAAUUCAAGCCCAGGAGCUCUGUAUAGAGUGCUAAAUACUUUGUUUUUCUUAUUUUAUACUUUAGUUUUUGAAAUUAGUUUGAAACUAUUUUAAAGUUUGCUUUUUGGUAAUGUAUUUAAAAAUUUGGUUUUUGAAAUGAGUUUGGAAUUAUUUUUAAAGUUUGCUUUUUGGUUAUGUAAAAUUUCAAGUUGAUAUUACAUUAUGGGGCCUAUUUAGUUACGUAUUGGAUACAUGUACAUAUUACAUUACGGGUUGAUUAUUACAUUGUGGGUCCAGGUGGUAAAGAUACUGUAACGGCAAGUUCAAGAGUUGAGGUUCAGUUUAUAAGUACAUCUAGAGCAUCAAUAGGAGGCCUCAAGUGGUACAAAUGUGGAUGGAAUAUUCAUUGCCAAGAGGAAGUGCAGAAGUUGUGGUUUAAUUGGAACUGAAAGUACAGGAAAACAAUACUUUAGAAAAUACCAGUCCAUGGCUAGUGUUAGCCAGUAUUUAGUUGUUAGUAUGGCCGGGAGUCUUGCAGAAUGGAGCGCAACAGGUGGGCAGAGCAAGCCAGCCAUGGCAUGCCUUCUUAAAGAACAUGAAGAACUGAGUCAGAAACCUCAGGAGCUUGGUGGGCACUUUGUCAGCAUUAAUAAGGUCUCAGAGUCCGAUGGACAUUUUUUUGAGAACUUCUCCGCAUUGACAGACCAGCAAGAGAGUUUCCACUUUAGGCAAAAUCCUGGCGGUUCAGAGGUUCCUGAGCAGACAGAAGAUGAUAUCCUUGCCAGUAAGAUUGAUCACCCCUGCAAGGAUGUCCCCAAGCUCAGCAAAAAGGAGAUUGUGGAUCUCUAUCGCAGUAUCUUGUCAGUCAUCCAGUUUCGCCUUUGUGCCUCUAACCAGUCCUUCCCUCCUGACCUGGAACUGUAUGGAUACAUGCACGAUAUGUUCAAGGUCUAUGUGUCUGUAAAUGAGCAUAACAGCAUGGUCUUAACCAUCAGCAAAGGAGCUCCCCCAGAUACUGUUCUAAUGGUUACAGUUCAAGAAGCUAAAGAUCUGAUUGGGAAAGAUGUCAGUGGUCUGAGUGAUCCCUUCUGUGUGAUGGGCAUACUAGCGUCCGGGGAAUCUAAGAAGCCAUUUGUCACUAAUUCAAGAGUACCACACGGUACAUGCUCUCCUCAUCUCCAUCACAAAGAGAAAGGUAGUCAUGGCAACCAAGAUCUCCAAUCAACAAGCAUCAUCAAGGAGCAGCUGAACCCAAAGUGGAAUGAGAACUUCCGGUUUGUUCUUGGUUGUGCUGUACAAACUGGCUGGUUUCACAUUGAUGUUUGGGACCAUGAUGAAGAAACUACAGUCAUGGAGGUGGUGAAGAAGUCUGGAGACAUUCAGAGUGUCAAAGGAGUGAAAAGAUUGCUGAAGGAGGUGAUUCAGUCAACCAGACUCGGUGGCAGUAACCCGGAUGACUUCCUGGGAUAUGUGAAUAUCAAACUGGAUGCUAUUCCAAGCUGGGGUUUGAGUGGUUGGUACCCGCUCAAGAGCAAGUCAAGUCGCUCCAAAGCAUCAAGUGGAGAAAUCUUCCUCAAGCUCAAAAUGUCUCUACAGCGAGCUGAUCAGUCGUACCAGGUGCUAAGCCCAACUGCUGUCCAUCGUAUCCUAUGGUUCCACAUUGUACACUAUGAGGUAGCCAGGCUGGAUCAGCUAGGAGCAUGGGAUGGUGAGCUACCAUCUAGGGCUAUGACCAUCCUACAGCAACACGCUGUGCAAUAUGAGAUCUCUGACUUGCAUCAGUCCCUCUGUCGCUGGCUGGCCUACAGUCAAGAGUGCACCAUGUGUGUCAUUGACUUCAAGUCAUUUUACACAUACGGAGAGACUCUUAAAAGAUCAUGGAAGCCGUUUGCAUUGUCUGCAGAUGAGGAGCAGUAUCUUCAGAAAUCUUUCCACAGUUUCAUCACCUAUGCAGUGGAUAUGCUGCACAGACAACAGGACAUGUUUCCACCAACAAACAAACUGGCACUCCGAAGGCUACAGUAUCUGCUUCUAUGUCUGUCUCAGAUCAAUGAGAUGGAGUUUGCUGAGCGGAACGUGUUGUUUCAACCUAACUGUCAGGCCGUCAUCCUGGCUGCAAUCAAGGAGGAUAUCCACAAUUGGUAUUCUAAGAAGCAGUCUGAGAUGGUAGAUGCCAAACCUGAGAUUGAGAGAGUCUCCUCACUGGCUGGUCUGACUAACACCAUCAAUGGCCAAUUCCAGCGACUGCUUCAAUUUGUCCACAACACCUACCAGACCGUCUUUGAAAUUCCCUACUUCACCAUUGUGUACAAGGAGAUGGAUCUGAGAUUGAUGGCUGAUGUGACUCGCUGCCUGACCAGCACCGUGUCUCAUCACACCCUGGAUGAUGUAGAAGGCGAGGAAUACAGUCAGAGGAGUACUGCUCUAUUUGAGCUCUACCUUGCUCUAAGGGACUUCGUUGGCUUCUCUGAAAACCUUACUGAGGGGGACCAGGCAGAUCUAGAGAUCAAAGGAUACCACAAGUUCUUCAAGAAAGCUGUGGAGAAGUGGUUGAAUGUAUCAAGGAAGAGAGCUGCAGAGAGGAUAAAAAAGGCUGUGGAAUUGGAUCAGGUUGCCUUGGUGGAUACGAUGGUCAAGCACAGCACAUCAGCAGUGGAUGUGGCAACAUGCUUUGCCCAGAUUCGUGAGUUUUGGCAGAGACUGGAUUGGCCAGACACCGUUGGGAGCUAUGUCUUUGUUGCAAAGGUUACCGAUGAUAUUUGCCAUGGUGCCGUCAGCUAUGCCAACAUUAUUCAUGACAAGCUGAGACAGAAUGGUUACUAUGACGAUGAAGGCCAAUUUGAUGUGACAGACCAGUUGUGUAUUGCCAUCAACAACAUCGAGCAAGUGCGUCGCUCCCUGGCCAUCAUGCCUGAGUCAUUGGGUUGGCAACGUAUCCAGGUUGCCAUGGAGAUGGAAUAUGGUGAGAUGGCAGGUCGCCAGUGUCAGGAUACAUUGCAGACCAUGAUGGCCAGUGCUGAUGAAGACAUGGUCAAUGUGAUUGAGCAUGUUGUCCAGCGAGUUGGAGAGAGGAUGCGACCAGACUUGAGGAGGUUCUUGAGGGCGUUGCUUGCUGCUCAUAUCCACUCUUGCAUUGAUGAUAACACUAGGCAAGGGCAAGAAACAUCAGCUAUGGAUGUCUCAAAGAAUCUCCAAUUCUUGCAGGCUAUAGAUCCACUGAUGGAGUACCUGGAUACCAACAUGAUCACCUUGCAUAACUGCCUCCUCAAGUCCAACUUUGACAGAAUACUGCAAGACAUUUGGAUUGUCUUGGUGGAUGAGUUAAGUAAGAUCAUCAGCAACAAGAACAAGGCUUUGCACGGGAAACCACUUCUGUUCUGUAGAUUAAAUGACACCCUUGAUAUCUUGAGUGACUUCUUCUAUGCUGACACGAAGGGUUUAGCUCUGCCAACACUACACAAUGCUACGUACAUGGAGAUGAAGAGUUACACAGAAAGCAAUAUGGCUGACACGCAUGAGCUCAUUGAGGCAUUUUACGGCCAGAAACUUCAAGAAGUUGAAGAGAUAAUUGAGAGUAACAAAGAGAGUCUACUUGGUACACUGACCGUUAAAUGCUACUACAACGAUGUCACAAACCAUCUGUGCAUCAUGCUAGUCAAUGCUAAGAAUAUCACGCCUAAGGAUAGAUCAGGCAUGAGUGACCCAUAUGUCAUCCUAGAGCUGCAACCAUCAUUUGUGUUCCCCAAAAGCUCACCAAGAAAGAGCAAAAUUGUCAAGGAAACAGUCCAUCCUCUCUUUGAUGAAACAUUUGAAUUCCCUGUCACCAAAGACCAGUGUAAGAACCGAGGUGCCUGCCUCCAUUUGAUCAUGUAUGACCAUGACGUCAUCGGUUCAGAUGACUUGGAGGGAGAGACAUUUCUAUCCCUGCAGGACAUUCCAGGAGUCAAGCAGGCAUUUGAAAGCAGUUAUGCUGCUGUGAAAGCUGUACCACUACCACUAAGGCUACCAGAAAAGAACAACAACACUCCAUUCCUCCUGAGCACAUUGAAGCAGCGCCCAACAGACCGGGUAGCCCAGGAAUUUGCCAAGAAGCGAGCACAGCUCCUCAAGAGAGCCAAGGUAGCUCCUUGAUGUAGACACAUCUAGAUCUGCAGCUUGGACAUUGGAAGCAAUGACCACCUGUCCAUUGGUAGUCACAUUGACAAGCUGUGGCUGUUGGUUUACUCCUGCCAUAUGUCCUUAUUGUAGUCAACAUGUAAGACAGGUUGACAGUUUAGUCUCCCUGUCUACAUCUGACCACAGAGCAAUGACAUUAUGUUGUUUGCUAUUAUGACGUGACUACCUACGGUAUUCAUGAGGGUCAGCAAUCCUUCUAUGUGUUCAAAGUCGCCAACCUGUGAGCUAUGGACAAAGUCUCUAGAUUGAUGUGUGCUGUUAUGUUCAUGCCUUUUCAGAGUUGCCAUAUUUUUAAAUGAUUCCCUGAUAUUGCCGUGGGAUUUGUUAAAGAGGUGCCUGCAGAAUUAGUUAUUUAACUAUUGUGUUGGUCAAGACUUAAGAUGUGGAGCUAACAGAGCUUAAACAAUAUCAAUCACUUUCGGAAUACUUCUUAAUUAAUUUAAGACACUCUAAGAGAAAAAUAAAAAAUAAAAAAAGCACUCCAGAGUGCCAAUGGAAAACAGUUCUUUGAGAAUGAAGUUGGCUUCUGUGGUCAAAUGAAAAAUAAAUAAUAAAUUGCUCUAAAUAAGUGUAAGAGCUUCUAUACCUUUUGAGCUGAUCAUUGAUAUCAUUGGAAAGGUGGGAUGGCAUUUCCUGUUACUAUUGCAAGGUGCAUUGCUAUUGCAAGGUGCAUUGCUAUUGCAAGGCAGCGUCCUUGCAAAUAUGAACCUCAGAGAACAUGGGCUUGGGUUCUCAAACCACCAGCCCAUUAAUAUAACAAAACUAUUCAUUAAAUUUGUACAAAAUAGUGAUAUAACUUGCAUUUAUGUGGAUUUACAGUGCUCAUUUUGUUACUGGGGCAGAAGCCUCAUGCUAUAAUCAGUUUCAUAAUCAGUUUGACUUCACACAUCUCUGUUUAUAUUUACAUUUUGAUACAAAGUUAUACACACAAUGAAUUCAAACAGUUUAGGUGGCAAUAAACUGAACCAAGGCUGCAGUAUGCAUGCACACACCAAGUGCCUUCUGGACCAAAGGCCCAAUCGAGUAUUGACAUUAUGGUAAAUCACACAUGAACCUGUCUGCGGUGGAGGUCAGAGAAUUUUUAAAAAGAAAUAGCCAAGUUAGGCAUUCCUACUGCAAGCUUUGACAGUUUACACAUUGGGAUGAACACAGUAGAUUUAAUGUCCACAAGACUGGGGUGGGGGUGGGGGGAGGGGGUAUUUUGGUAACGGAAUACAUGUAUGCAGUUCUUUAUGCAGUAAAAAAAAAAGAAAAUGGCUAUUUAUUUGCACAUAAAAUGGAGCAUCAAAAUUACAGUAUAUCAUUGUGCCGUUCAAACUUUUCGCCGUUAUUUAAGAAGAAAGAUUUCUUUAAUUUUGUUGCUACUUAAUUAUUUUACAUGAACAUGGAGGAGUGUUUAGAAUGGUCCAAUCUUGGUGUUUAGGCAUAUGAUUGACUCCACGCAUUAACAGGUGCCUGGCCUUGGUAUGUAUGAGCAGAAGCCACUGCGCUCACACGGAUUCUCCUGGCUAGGGCUCAAAGUACACACUUAUAUUUUAUUCUGAACAUGCACAACCCUAUGUUAUUCUCGCCUGAACGCAAGGUGUACGGCAGCGAUGCAUUGAAGACUACACUUGACUUUCUCUUCGUAACCAUUGAGAAGUGCUUGUACACCGAUUCCCAAGGAGAGGUAUUGUUUAAGAGGUCAAAUGUACCUAUCUACUAUCUUUCUGACAGGGUUUAAACUGAUACGUGAGCAGAAUGGUAUCUGGCCAAUAUAUUUCCUUUAUUUAAUCAUACCUUGUACUUCAUAUAUUGUUUUCUUAUUUGUACCACAUAAUUUCGAAGUGAAGCAGAAAACGAGAUUUUUAAUGGAAGCAUUUCAAAUUCACAGUGUAUGAAUUUUCCAAUGUAUAUAAUCAUAUAAGCAGCUAUUUACGGCAAAGUUAAUGUAGCAUAUACUUUGAGCAAACAGGUUUCCAUACAGAGAAGGAUUUAUAACUAAUUUGUAUAUUUCCCCAAAACUUCUGAAGCUGGUAUAUUUAAUUGGUAGUACCCUGUGGAGUGUGUCAUUUAACGAUAAGAUUUUAAGUUGGUAUAGUUUCAUCUUGUUUGAGAUCUGAUGUUUGAAAACGGAUCACCAUUUCAGCUAGCCUAACAUUGAUAACACUGUAUAGUGUAAAGGUAUGGUGGUCUAGUUUAAAGAAGGGAAAAUUUAGCAGACGGUAAUAACAAUGGAAAGACAAAGCCUUUAUUUCUUUCAAUAUUCCAGCAUUUUCAAAAGUACUUCGGGAAUAAUGGUUACCGCAUUUCUGGGCUAGCCAUUCAUAACGUUAAUAUAUUUUUCUUGUUAAACUAGUAAAGAUGCACUGUGGAGGAUUUAUACCUAUAACAAAAGGUAUGGCCUCUAAAUAUUUGGUGGGCAGGGUCCUACAUAAAACAAAAUCGUUAUCAGUUUGCCUGAUUUUGUUCAAAUGAUGUGGGGUUACCCUUCUGCAAUUUCUGAAUUUGGAACCUUCCCAGAAAAGUUUGGAGGAUUCACUUCAGAAAGUGUUAAGUAUUUACGGACAGCGAAUGUGUUGGUGCAUUUCGUUGAUUAGAAUGGAUAAAAUGAGCCAAGGGAAACAAUUUAUACGACUGUAUAUAUGAUUAUUUAGGACUGUAAAAUGCUCAAAGCCAAGAGUUAAUCAGAAGGAUACAUUUUCUUUAUCAAAUAAACUGUAUUUAACUGAAUGUGGAUUGGGAGCAAUAAAAGCAUUGAUUGUUUGUAAUUCA